UACUCUAUAAGGUUUCACGUGAUCAUAGUCCAUCUCGUGUUGUUGAUGUGGAAUCUUAUACCUACCUCUCUCCGUUUUCCCUCCUUCCUCUGUUUUUGUGUCCGUCUGCUUGUAUCUUAGCGCAGAUGAAAGGUAUAGUGAAGGAAACUGAGACAGACUCUGCGCGAGCGACACUAUAGGAUAAUUGGAGCGCGUGAGCUGGUGUGAUGCGUCUGAAGGUAUCGGGUCACUGGCCCUUCUAUCAGCUGGACCGAUGACAAGAAGAAAUGAGCCAUAGCAAGUGCAGCAUCAGCUUUCAUAUGAAUGAACAGUUCCGCGUCAUUUGGCGUACCAGUCGCGCGGAAUCCUCGCAAUGAGCCGCAUUAUGUCCGGUGGCUCGUGCGCUGCAGGUGCUGGAUGUCGUCUCGCGAUGUUCGGGCUGCUGGUCCUCGUCCAGAUGCCUGGGGCCCUGACGUCCGACACGGAUAGCGACUGUUUAUCUGAAGAUGGCAAAGGAUGUCAUGGUCUGUCUGAGAAGAAAAGUGACCUUCAUGUGUGUGAUGAAUAUAGUUGUUCUUUUGGAGGAAUAUGCAGGUACAACGGAUCACACCUGGAGUGUCUUUGUCUGUAUCAGUGUCCACAGAGCUUUGCUCCAGUAUGUGGGUCCGAUGGUAACACGUACCAUAGUGAAUGUUUCCUAAGACAAGCUGCCUGUGAACAGCAGACCGCAAUCACUGUCAUUACUGAAGGACACUGUCACGCAGAUGCUGAGUCGGCAUCAGGAGACACAGAUCUGGAGAGCUCAGGACUGGAGCCCAGUAGAUUCUCCAAGUGUUCCAGCUGCAAAUUCGGAGCAGAGUGUGAUGAAGACUCUGAAGGCAUUUGGUGUGUGUGCAACAUAGACUGCAGUGGAUAUAAUAUGAAUCCAGUGUGUGGAUCAGAUGGACAGUCUUACAGUAACCCAUGUCAGAUCAGAGAAGCAUCCUGCUUGAAACAAUCUCAGAUCGAUGUCAAAUAUCUUGGACAAUGUCCAGAUUCAGUGGAUCUAGUGGGCGGAGUCAAUGUGGGCGGAGCAAUGCCCUGUUCUGAAAUCAACAGCAGCUUUUGUCUGCAUGGAAACUGUGAGAUGAAAAAUGACCUGGCAACGUGCAAGUGUGAUCUGGGGUUCUCCGGUGUGCAGUGUGAGCAAAGAGACUUCAGUGAACUGUACGUGGUUCCCAAUGGCCAAAAGAUUCAAUACGUCCUGAUUGCUGUGAUCAUCGCUGCUGUACAGAUUAGCAUCAUCAUUGCGAUCGUAAUAUGCAUCACAAGGAUUCAUCCAAAAAAGCCACGAGGUCGGCUUCAGAAACAGAACCUGGGACACUUUCCCAAAGAUGGAGGAUGCAUGAUUGAAUAGCUGCUGAUUACUUUAAUACAAACACACAAACAACUGCACAAUUAUCUUUUGACGUUAGUAUUUGAGUGGCCUUAUUUCACCCUGUCACCAUGAUCUUU